GAAUUGUCAUCCACUUCAAGACACUUUUGAGAAGAGGAGAGGACCAAGGUGAUUUCCUACACCAGCCCAGAAGACAUACACAAGAUGAAGGAAGAACAGAACUCCAACACAGAGUUCGGAUCCCAGGAUUCCAGGGACUCCCACCGGCAUGAGAUAUCCUAUCCCUCCCAGAACUGGUCCUUGGAGAUGCUGUUACGAAGACUGAAGGCCUUGGAUGAUAGAAGGGACGACAAGUUUGCCAGCGUCCUGGGUGCCAUCGGGGAGUUUGGCACGUUCCAGUGGAGGCUGGUGGCCCUCACCUUCAUCCCCAGUAUCCUGUCAACCUUCUUCAUGCUCUCUCACCACUUCUUGCUCACAGAUCAGAGGCCCUACUGUAACACCAGCUGGAUCCUGCAAGUGGGCCCCAACCUCACAGAGGACGAACAGCUGAACCUGACUGUGCCCCGAGCACCCAACGGCAGUUUCCUGACAUGCCUCAUGUACAUACCUGUGCCGUGGGAUCUAGACUCUAUCGUCCAUUUUGGCCUCAAUUAUACAGAAACAUGCAAAUACGGGUGGAUCUAUCCUUUCGCUCGCACGCGCUCUCUGACCAACGAGUUUGACCUGGUGUGUGGUAAUGAGCCACAGGAGGAAAACGGGCAGACUGUGUUCCUGUCAGGCAUCCUGACAGGGUCUCUCCUCUUCGGGUUCUUAAGCGACAAGUUGGGCCGCUAUCCAAUCAUCCUGCUGUCUCUGCUGGGGAUCCUCAUCUUCGGCUUCGGGACAGCCUUUGUGAACAGCUUUUAUCAGUAUCUGUUCUUCCGCUUUUUUGUGGCCCAGGCCUCCGUGGGCUACGCCAUCUGCAGUGUCUCUUUAGUCAUGGAGUGGCUGGUGGGUGAGCACCGCGCCCAAGCCAUCAUUCUCCAGCACUGCUUCUUCACCAUAGGGGUCAUAUUGCUGACGGGGCUUGCUUACAAAAUUAACCACUGGAGACUGCUGUUCCUGUUGGGCGGAGUGCCUAUGUUUCCCCUUAUCUGCAACAUCUGGAUUCUCCAAGAGUCCCCACGGUGGCUGAUGGUGAAAGGAAAGGUGGAAGAAGCCAAGAAGGUGCUGUGCUAUGCAGCUGAGGUGAACAAGAAGACCAUCCCUUUCAAUCUACUGAAUGAGCUACAGCUGCCAGGAAAGAAGGCAAAGGCCUCCAUCCUGGACUUCUAUACCAAUCAGCACCUCUUCAAGGUGGUCUUGGCCAUGGGAUGUGUGUGGUUUACUGUCAGUUACGUCAGUCUUACGCUGAGCCUCAAGAUGAAGGACUUUGGGUUGGACAUUUACUUCAUACAAGUGGUCCCCUGCAUCACGGCAGUGCCAGCCCGUCUGUGCUGUAUCCUUCUCCUGGAGUAUUUCGGGAGGAAGUGGAGCCUAAACCUGACUCUCUCCCUGGUCACCUUCACAUGCUUGUGUCUCCUUUUCGUCCCCGAAGAGCUGAAGUCAACAACAAUCCUGAUGCUCGUGCUUGGAGAAUUCAGCAUGGCGGGCACUGUCUCUAUAUUCUUUAUCUACACUGCCGAGCUCCUGCCCACCAUCCUCAGGUCUACAGGUCUGGGAAUGGUGUCUAUCGCCUGGACAGCUGGGGCCAUCUCAUCUCUGGCCAUCUUCAAACAGACCAAAACGCAGCUGCCCAUCUUCUUCUGCUGCUUGUGUUGCGUCCUGGCCUUGUGCUUCUCCUCCCUGGUGCCAGAAACAGGAAACCGGCCUCUCCGUGACAGCAUAGAGUACUGUUCAAGAGACUCCCUGGAGCACAAGGAUAAGAGCAAGGAUUCCUCUAAGGUGUUAAUGGCUGAGGAGUCAAUGUCUGAUGUUGCAGCUGAUUCUGAACUGACAAAGAACACCAUGUUUAAUGCCAUGACUCUCAAGCCAGAGACAGACAGCUUCCUCAACAUGGCCUUGGAGGUACCCAACAGGGAAUCUCCAGUCCAGCUCCCUGAGGACCACCCUCCCUAGAGCACUUUGGAUUGGAGUUUAGUAUGGGUAUAGGGCCAUGGGUAUACAGCCUCGAAUUCUAGACCCAGUCUGGUAUGUGGGAAGAGUCUGUCCCUCCAAGGCCAGCCCUCGGGAUCCAAAAAUAAUUCCUUCUGAAGGAG